AUUUGCGUAUUUUUGUUUAUUUAUUCGCUCGUUCGCACCGCGCGAAAAAAUGCGACUUGAGGGCAGCUGAGGGGAAAGAGAAACGAGAGCGUCCCGCGGGCGUGAGGCGAGCGUCGAGCGAUUUGACUCGAGCGGUGCGCGAUCCGUGACAGCCUUCAGGGCGGUCGUCGAUUCGCGCUCGUGGUUAGGAUUCGAAUGGCUCGUGGUGGGUCGCUCCUUUUUUUCUCGCCCGGUUCGCUUCUCGCACACGCUUGACACGCUCGGGAUGAUCGACGACGAGAUUAUGGCGGACAAGGGCUUCUUCAUCAAAGUGGUGGACGACGAGAAGGGCAAAGGGCUGUUCUCCAAUCGCGCGUUUAAAGAGGGGGACGUGAUACUCGAGGAGCGGCCUGUGGCCUGCUGUCAGUUCCUGUGGAACUCGGAGUUUGGAUACCUGGCGUGCGACCACUGCCUAAGGCCGCUGGAAACGGCGGAGGAGAACGUCCGCAGGCUGACGGGCAAUUCGAGCUUCGUUGUGCCGCACAAGGAGUGCUGCGAGAUAAACAAGAGCUUGAUAACCGAGUGCCCCCUGUGCGGAGUCAAGUAUUGUAGCGUAGAGUGCCAGAAUGAAGCUUUUCAGAGGUAUCACAGUACGUUGUGCCUGCAAGGGAGAGUCAAGGACGAGAGCCAUCCUCUCAAUCAGUUGUGCGAAACGUGGAAACAAAUGCACUAUCCACCUGAAAAUGCGUCAAUCAUGUUGCUAGCAAGGAUGGUCGCUGUAGUUAAUCAAGCGAACGACAAGGAGGAGGCUCUAGCAAUGUUUUCACAGUUUUGUCAUCGUACCGUCUCUAACGACACGCACGAAAUUGUACACUAUCUGUUGGGGGAGAAGUUUGUGGGCCAAAUCGACGUCCUUCAGCAAAUGAUGAAGGAGGCUCUCAAUACCGAAUACACCGCACAUUGGUUCACGCCGGACGGUUUUAGAAGUCUGUUAGCUUUAGUAGGAACAAAUGGACAAGGAAUUGGUACCAGUUCAUUCAGCCGCUGGGUAAAAAACGUUUCCGCUUUAGAAUUGCCCAAAGACGAGAGGAUUUACAUUGACAAAUUGAUAGAGAGAAUUUAUGACGCCAUGGACGAUGCGGUAGGACCGUUUUUAAAUAAUGAAGGGUCGGGACUGUACAUUCUACAGUCGUCGGUGAAUCAUAGCUGUGUACCAAAUGCAGUCGUUGAGUUCCCUUAUUCGAACAAUACUUUAGUAUUAAAAGCAAUACGAGAUAUAAAAGUUGGCGAGGAAAUCUGUACGAGUUACCUCGAUGAGUGCCAGCUCGAAAGGAGUAGAUAUUCCAGGCAGCAGGCAUUGAGUUCCAUGUAUUUGUUCGUUUGUCACUGUGACAAAUGCAAAGCGCAAGCGAACGAUCCUGAUGUGACGUCUGACGAGGAGGAAUCCGAUGAAGACUGAUGAGUGCCGAGCCGAAGGUGCACAGGAAUAACGAUACAAUUUUCAUAAUAAACAAGAUACGAGAUA